UGGAAAACGUCAAAUAUUUAAUCCAAAGUAGAUAGAUACAAUAGAACUGUAUUGGGUAUUUCUUUCCCCAUUAAAGAAAUACUUCUGCCAGAGGACGUAUGAUGAUAAUAGGACUGUAUCCCUGGGUGUAGUACUGAGUUAUACAACCCAAAAUGUACAAACAUAAAAGAGCAUCCGCCUAAAAUGAUCGUCUGUGGGUUUAUAUCACAUCGAAAAGGAGCGCGUGGCUUGGUGUGUGACCUACAUGGGAGAUAAAGACAUUAAAUUAUUUAUGAAUUGUGGUUAAUGUCCAAACAUUUCACUGCAGAUGUCGUGGUGAAUAUCAAACUAACCCCUCACUAUUAUAUCACACCAGAAGCACUGGGUGGGUGCGUUUGCUAUGUGUUAUCUUUAUGUCCCGCAGCCCCGGGCGGGGAGGUGAAAGGUUACAAACAACAAUGGGGGAAGUUUGUAAAGAGAAGAAAUGGCUCUCUGUCAUUUGGCGAGUCUGCAACUUCUUCAUGUCUUUAUUUUUCGCUCUUGCAACAUAUGUACAGAUCAAUGAUCCAGACGCAGGGUUAUGGAUGGUUGGUUAUGGUGUCCCUGCAGUCCUGUGUGCAUGCGUUGGCUUGAACCUCCAUGUGACAGAAACGUUGCCCUGGAGGCGUGUUGCUGAUCUCCAUGUGAUGAUUUCCAGCGCUCUUGUUGCCAUGUUGGGAUGGAGACUUUAUAAAGAGCGGAUCACAGAGAUCUUCCAACAGGAGGAGGGCAGAGAAUUUUCUGGCCUCAUGCUCACGGCUGUUUGGCUUCUCCUGUGUCGUCACUCUGGAAGGGCUCCAGUCGGGACGCUCCGAGUCUCCACAGCCGCCGCCAUCACAGUCUUCCCCUUCGUGGCCUGGCUCUACUACUACAUCCACACGGAGCUCAGGUCAAACUGGCCGUCACAUUGUAAAACUGCCAUUUAAACAUCAACGAUUUGCCUUUUUCAGAUUUUAAAUAUAACAUUUUUAUGUUCGUUGACUGAAAAUGCUACACCAAGAACGUUUUGUGGCAUUAUUAAAUACAAACAUUAUAGCUGAGCUGUCAUUAAAUUAAAAACAAAAUGUAUUUUUUAUCCAAUGUCUUUUCUCUUUAUAGUUUAAUUAAAUGUAAAUUGUUUUACUUUCUGUCAAAGGAAGUAUAAUGUAUAAAUAAUGUAAAAUAUAAAAAACAAAUGAAAUCAUAAAAGUGGUACGUUUUACUUUGUUCAUUUAAAGUGCGAGACCCCACGAAAAACACUGUUUUUCUUGCACUGAAAACAUCAGAAUCACAUCAGAGUGUGUGUGUGUGUGUAGAUUUAACCACAGCUACAUUACAUAA